CCAGACUGUCAGAGUAAUUUGUUCUGUCUGUGGGUGGUAUGUGUGUUUCUCCUUACGAUUUUCUUGUUUUCGAUUCAUUUGCAAAGUUACGGUUUGUUCUGAAAAUAGAUAAGAAGGAUAUCUGAAACCUGAAAGCUUCUAGUUUUGCUCACAAGUGAAACAAAUUGCCAGGUUUUCUCAGUUUUUCUGUUGAUAGUAUAGAGUUAGGCUCUCCACCCACUAUAUUUGUGUAUUUUCGUCCAGUUUAAACAAACUGAAGUCUUAUUUUUCGUCAUUUUGUUUAUCGUGAGAAGGUGAAAACUAGUGAAAAUGGCAGAUGAAGAGGAUAAGCCACCUGCACCUCCUGUCAGACUGACUAGCAAUCGGAAUGAAGCUGUUCCUGUUGUUCCUGUUGACCUUAGACCUUUACCAAAGGAACCUGAGUCAGAAAAGAAGAAAACUUUAAAAGUUAAGGUCCCUCAGAGGAAGAACAAUGAUAGAUCAGAUAAGCCCAACAUUUCCUACCCAACAAAUUUUGAACACACCGUUCAUGUUGGUUUUGAUGCAAUCACUGGAGAAUUCACGGGAAUGCCACAAGCUUGGGCCCAAUUACUUCAAACAUCCAAUAUCAGCAAACAGGAACAAAAGAAAAAUCCUCAAGCUGUACUUGAUGUGCUCAAAUGGUACGACAUUUCUUCCCAAGUAGGAAAUGAAACCAAGUAUAUGGAAACGCAUACGCAGAAAAGCACGGUGGUCAAUAGCCCAAGUCAUCAUAGCCAUUCGUCCUCACAACAUAGCUUGGCUACUCCCCUUCACCUUACAAGUUUUGGGCGACAAGGAUCCGGCUCAGGCUCGGUAUCUACUCCGGAAACAGAAUCGAGCCAAGCUACUGACACCAUCGGCAGUCUUGAGCGAGAUGACGAUAAAGGCAGUGAACAUCUUGCAGACCUUGCCAACAAUCAGGAAAAUGAACGAGACGGUGAGGACAAAGCGCCUCCUCCGCCAGUGGCUGUUCGUCCAGAACGAACGAAAUCGAUUUAUACGAAACCUAUCGAGGAACAUAAGGUGCCUAUUACCAACGGUGCCUAUGCGCUGGACGGUAAUAAAAAUGCUCCAACGCCGAAUGCGCGAAAGAAAAAAAUGUCAGACGAGGAGAUUCUAGAAAAAUUGAGACUAAUUGUGAGCGUUGGCGAUCCCAAUCGCAAAUAUACCAAAAUGGAGAAAAUUGGACAAGGAGCCUCGGGAACUGUAUACACAGCAAUAGAAACUUCAACGGGUCAAGAAGUAGCCAUCAAACAAAUGAAUCUGUCACAGCAACCUAAGAAGGAAUUGAUUAUUAAUGAAAUCUUGGUGAUGCGAGAGAAUAAACACCCUAACGUAGUUAAUUACCUCGACUCGUACCUUGUUGGAGACGAACUCUGGGUCGUAAUGGAGUAUCUUCCUGGGGGCUCCUUGACUGAUGUUGUAACCGAAACGUGCAUGGACGAAGGUCAAAUAGCCGCAGUGUGCCGGGAAGUUUUACAAGCCUUAGAAUUCCUUCACUACAACCACGUUAUCCACCGAGACAUCAAGUCGGAUAACAUUCUUCUCGGAUUAGAUGGAUCCGUCAAACUCACUGACUUUGGGUUCUGUGCCCAAAUCAGUCCUGAACAGUCCAAAAGAACCACGAUGGUCGGUACUCCUUAUUGGAUGGCACCCGAAGUAGUAACUCGUAAGCAGUACGGCCCUAAAGUUGAUUUGUGGUCGUUGGGUAUUAUGGCAAUAGAAAUGAUUGACGGUGAACCUCCGUACCUAAACGAAAAUCCUUUGAGAGCUCUUUACCUGAUUGCCACAAAUGGCAAACCCGACAUCAAAGACAAGGAUAAAUUGUCUGCCGUUUUUCAAGACUUUUUAGAUCGCUGUUUAGAAGUCGAUGUUGAUAAGCGAGCUUCUUCUUCCGAAAUGUUGAAGCAUCCAUUCUUGAAACUCGCCCGUCCGUUGGCCAGUCUUUACCCGCUAAUCGUAGCUGCCAAAGAAGCGGCCAAAGGGCAUUGAAUUUUCCGCCCUCGGCCCUUUUGUGCUACGUGUAGUGUUUAGUGAUGUUCGUUACUUGAAUAAUGGUGAAAAUAAUAUUGUUCCGUUCUUCCUUACGAUUAAAAGAAAGCAAGAGGCAAACAGCUAACAAAGAACGACUGUACUUACGUGCUGCUAAUGCCCAUCGAAGAUUUCACAGAUGAAAAUGAUUUAUAUUGGACUUUGUUUCUGUUUUAUUGAAACGACGUUGAUUGAAGUGUAUUAACUUCUGGUCAAAAGAUAGGGAAAUUUUCAUUGUGGCCUACUGCUUUCAUAAUUUUAAAAAUCCACAAACGGCAUUUUAAAAUCCUUUCCCCGUCUCGUCGUCUCUGUUUUGCUGGAGCUUCAGAGUUCCGCACACAAUUCUCCCCCCUAAGCGCGUGUGCGUGUUUGUUGACAUAACGAUUUUGGAAAACUUGGAAAUGCAAUCGCGCAUCUAUUGACAUUAUCACAUUCUUCAAGUUUUCCUUUUUAUGCAUUGUAACUUAAAUAAACAUUUAACCAUUCA